AUGUCUGUAUCACCACCCGAAGCUCCACCAUAUCCAACAACACCAGAAGAUGAUCGUGAAAAUGAUGAAGCAUCUAUAUCUGCUUAUGCAGAAAUAUUGUCAUUUCAAUGGUGUUUUGGCUUUAAUAAAGAUUUACCAGUACUUAAUGUAUCAAUAAAUAAUACAAAAAAAAUCUUUUUUGUUGCUGCACAAGUUGGAGUUUUAUAUGAUUUUGCUAAUAAUCGACAACAAUUAUUAAUCGGACAUAGAAAUAAUAUAACAUGUUGUUGUAUUAGUAAUGAUAAACGUUGGUUAUGUACAGCUGAUAGUGGUCGAGAUUGUACAGUUAUUGUUUGGGAUACAAUUACUGGAUUACCAAAUCAAACUUAUUUCGAUGUCAUUAAUGGAACAGGAGCAGUAGCAUUUAGUAGUGAUGCAAAAUAUUUAGCGACAUUAAGUCAACAAGCUCCUCAAAUAAUGUCAAUAUGGGAUUGGACAGCUGAAAGUGAUAGACCAAUAUGUGCAUUAGAAUUAAAACAUGAUUAUUCAAAUCAACAUUAUUUACAAUUUAAUCCACGUCAAUCAACACAAUUAGUAUCAAAUUCAACAACACAAGUUGUUUUUUAUGAAUGGUCACAUGAAAAUGGUUUAAAUUAUUAUGAUCCUGAAUUAACUGAAAGAACAUUUAAUAUAUCUCGUGAAAAACUUGGUUAUUUAACUCAAUCGGUUUUUCUUCUUCAUCCAACACGAGUUGUAACAGGUACAACAACAGGAAAACUUGUUCUUUGGGAUUGUAAAACAACUGGAAAUAUAUUUGAAAUGAAUAAAAAACAAUCGAAUAUAGUUCAACAAAAUGAUUUAUUACAACAAUCAACAAAAAUAACAGAAGAUAGAGAAUUAACACGUGACACAUUAAAAUCAUCAACAUCAACACGUAGUGGAACUUUAUCAUCAAGAAAAUCUUCAUCUAAAACAAAUGAACAAAUCGAUCAAGAUGAGGAGGAAAAAAAAUACAAACAAGUACAAUUUCAGGAACCACAACAACAAACGAAUGUUCAAACUAGUGAAGGACGAUCAGAAUUUUCCUUGAUGAAUAAACGAGCAUUAAAAUUAUGUGAACCACAACGAAAAGCGAUUACUGUUUUAGUAACAACUAAUGAUCUUGUGGUAACAGGUGAUAGUGAUGGUAUAAUUCGUUUUUUUGAUCAAGAACUUAAAUUAUGUAUGUGGUUUGAACAUUUUCGUAUUGGACCAAUUGAAUCAAUAUCAUUUACGUAUACAACAUCAGAUUAUUCUCCUCCACAUAUAUCAAAUCCAACACAAAAACAUAAUGAAUCAACAUUAGUACAACCUCUAUUUUCAUCAUUUGAUUUUACAUUAUCAUCAUCUCAUGCUGUUAUUGCUCAUGUAACUCAUUCUGGUCAACAAAUAUCAAUUAUAAAACGUGAUUCUUCAACAGCUAUUUAUGCAUUAGAUACUCAUCCAUUUGAACAUAAAUUAUGUUAUGCAAAUGCAUCUGGUCGUUUACAAUUAUGGGAUUAUCAACAAAAAACAAUUGUAACAAGUGCUCAACAUGCACAUGAUAAUGCUAUUACACAAUUACGUUAUAAUCAUAAUGCUAAUUUAAUUGCUGUUGGUUAUUCGAAUGGACAAUUAACAUUAUGUGAUGCUUUAUCAUUAGAAAGUAUUCUUAAAGCACCAUUUCAAUAUGCUAAAGCAGCUAUUCUUUUCAUUGAAUUUUCACAAACAUCAACUUAUUUAGCAACAGCGGAAGAUGAUUAUACAGUAUCUGUUUAUCGACAAAAUUUAGAUAGUGAAGAUAUAUAUACAUUUCUUGGUCGUUAUCGUGCACAUUAUAAACCAAUUCGAGCAUUAUUUUUUGGUUUAACACCUGAUGAUGAUCAACCAAUAUUAAUUACAAUUGGUGCUGAUCGUAUUUUAGCUGAAUAUGAUUUAAAUGGAAGUGAAAUUGAUCAUCUUGUUUUAAAUCCAUCAACACGUAUUGAACAAAUAGCUGAAUCAAUGUCAGCUUGUUAUUAUCCAUCAUCAUUAACAAAAGAAUCAUUUAUUGUUACAAUUAAUAAUGAAUAUAAAUAUAAAUUAUAUAAUUCUGGUACAAAAAUGUGUCGAAAAACAAUUUUAGGUCCAACAUUUGGUUCACCAUUACGUAAAAUAGGAAUAUUACCAAAAUUAGAUGAAAAUUCUACUGAAGAAUAUAUUUAUUUUAUGACAACAGAUAAAAUAGGUCUUCAACGUUUACCAUUAACUGGUAAUCCAUUUGAUCAAAUGGCUAUAAUAGCACAUCCAAAUCGUGUAAGUGAUGUACGUUCUAGUUAUGAUGGACAAUAUUUAUUUACAAGUGGUGGACUUGAUAAUGUUGUACACAUGUUAUAUGUUAAUCCAGAAGUUUUACAAGCACAAGCACAAUUAGGUGGAAAAGAUUUAAUACCAUUUUAUAAAUUAUUAGAAGGUGGAAGAGAUGGAGAAAUUUUUCGAGAAAUGCAAGAAUUAUUUUAUUAUAGUCAAUUACGACAUCAAGAUAUAAAUCGGUUUGAUCGUCGAGAAGUAACAGCAAAAAUUCCAUUAAAUGAAAUUCCAUUUGUUAUGAGAGCAUUAGGUUAUUAUCCAACUGAACAAGAAAUUGAAGAUAUGCUCAAUGAAGUUAAAUUUAGUACUUAUGUUGAUACAAAAAAUUAUGUGGAAAAUAUUGAUCUGAAUGAUUUUAUUAAAUUAUAUAUAAAUCAUCGACCAGCAUUUGGUCUUAAUCCAUCUGAUCUUUAUCAUGCGUUUAAUGUUUUAUGUAAUCAAUAUGAUUCUGAAGAUGGUCAACCACAAAUGAAUCGUGAAAAUCUUUUAUAUCUUUUACAACAAUAUGGUGAACAUAUGAAUGAUUAUGAAAUGGCUGAUUGUUUAUCAAAUUUACUUCAUUUAAAUAAUGAAUCAACAGAAAUGUUUGAUACAAUGAAUGCUGAAGAUGCUUGUCAAUUUAUUGAAAAUCAAUUACCAGAACAAGUAACAAUACAAACAUUUAUGGAAGAUUUAUUAAAAAUGCCAACACAAUAUGUUGAUCAAGUUAUGUAUUCUGUUAAAGCACAUCAAAAACGUCGAUCAUCAAUGACACCAAAAGAAAAAAAGAGGCAACUUUCAAUUGAACAACUAGAACAACAACACUACCAACAACAACAGCAACAACAACAACAACAACAACGUGCUCGUUCAGCUAUGACAUCAACUACACAAAGUACAACACCAGCUUCGAAUGAUUCUUAA